UGUGUAUGAGUUGUAUCAAAAUGUAGCAAAGCAUUUGUAUGAAAAAUUUACGCACACCAUCAACACUGGCAACGCUUGCUCAGAUACAUACAUACAUUUUCCGAUAUAUCAUUUUUCAGUAAUUUCUGUUAGAAAAUUUGGUGUUUGAUUAAGAUAUUAGUAAAUAAUUUAAUAAGAGAAAUAAAAAAGUACAAGUCAAUAAAAUGCCACGUGAAUAUGAUAGAGACUAUAGUGAAGAUACUAGCGAUUACAAAAGAAAACGUCGUGCCGAUGAUGAUGUUAGUGGCGGGGGUGGCGAUGGUGACGUUGAUGGCAACCAGGAACACCAAUCUAACCACACCCAAGGAUUACACGAUGCACCGCAAUUAAAUGAAAAAACAAGUGCCUAUUUGGAUGAAUGCUUACAAGAGAAAAAAUCCUUGGAAAAAUAUCCAGUAUGCAAGCGGCUUAUGGAUGAUGAAGUGGAAAAAAUACUUGUUAGUGGACGUAUACCAAAGCCUGAAAUCUAUGCGAACGUAUAUAAUGAAAAACCUAUUAGAGUUGCACAGAAAGUAUUAUUUCCUAUUAAAGAAUAUCCAAAAUUUAACUUUGUUGGAAAAAUACUCGGCCCAAAGGGUAACACACUUCGGCAACUCCAAGAGGAAACAUUUUGUAAAAUGGUUGUUAUGGGUCGUAAUUCUAUGAGGGAUCAUGCUAAAGAAGAAGAACUUCGCAGUUCAGGAAAUCCCAAAUAUGCACAUUUAAGUCGGGACUUACAUGUUGAGAUUUCAACUGUAGCACCUCCUUCUGAAGCAUAUCACCGGAUAGCAUAUGCUUUAGCAGAAAUACGUAAAUUUAUGAUUCCCGAUGCUAACGACGAUAUUCGCAUGGAACAGAUGCGCGAAAUGGAUGCAAAGGAACGCAUGUACAAAAAAUCUCAUUAUGCCAAAACAUAUGGCGAGCACGGUUCCUAUAGUAACCGAACACCACCACCAUCAAUAUAUGAUAAAGGUGCUAAACCAAAAGUUUAUUCAAUUUUGGAAAAAGCACGUUAUGUUAUGGAAGAUCCUGCUUAUGGAAUGGUAAAAUCACACAGAUCUCGCGAGCACGACCAUUUAUAUGAGCAUCCCAGCGAAUACGAUAGGUAUGGAACACCACCACCACCACCAUCUUCUAAACAUGCAAGUGGUCAUCAUGCACCAUAUGACAGUGGUUCAUAUGAACGUGAAUAUAGACGUGAAUAUCAUGCGCAUUCAUCAUCAUAUGCUGCAGCAGCUUAUGCAGCCAAACCUAGCAAUGGUCGCUCAUCAUCUUACCGACCAGCAGCAUCUGGAUCCCAUUCAUCUUCACACUAUGAUACAGGAUCACGUUCCCGUGAAAGUGUUCGCUAUCGUACGGCUCCAUAUCCGAAAAUUCGUUAAAAAUUUAUAAACACUGAUGACAAAGAUAUAUUGAAAUUAAAGGAAUCGUCUUAAUUAGUAUAACUACAACAUUUAAAACUAAAAAGUUAUAAAUACUAAACUAAACUAAACGUACAUAUUUAAAAAAACAAAAAAAAAAAAUUAGAAACACACAAAAGAAAAAACACAGAAUAUGUAUAAAAGUUUACAUAUAAAAUAUUCGAUAUCGUUUAUUCACAAAUUAAUACAGUCAUUAAUUACAUAAACUCACAAUUAAUGGAACGGUAAAAUAUUAUAUUAAGAAAACUGAAAGCAGUAAAUUAAAUGAAAGUAAUUAAUUAAUUAAUUAAUUAAAUAAAAAUAAAACUGGUAUUAAACUUACAGCUUAUAAGUACCAAAUAAAAAAUAGGAAUAAAUUGCGACUGAAUUUCCAUCAGUCGUUUUACAAAUAUAAGCCAAAAACACAAUGGCGGAAAAAAUUAAAGUGUGUACUUUCUGAUCACACCUAUUAAGAUAAAUUAAUAUAUUUAAUAUUUAAUGGCUAAUAAUAAUUUAAAAACUUUUAAGAGUAGAGUGAAAAAAAAACAAAUUUUUGCAGUAACUAAAUCAACUCAUUUAAUUCUAUUUAAACGCAAUUGCUUACCUACAUUGAUCGCGUCAUAUGUUAAAAUUUAUACACAAAUAAAUAUAUAUAUAUACAUAUAUAUUUAUUAAUUUAUUAAUUAAUAUAUCUGCACAUACGGAAAAAAUUUCAUUAAGAUAUGAGAUACUUAGAUUCUUGAGAUGAGAUAUAUUGGGUUAAUUCAGUCUUAGUAUUGAUUUCCUUUGUUAUUGUGUUAUGUAUUUAAAAAAUAAUAUGAAGUUAAAAAAGAUACAUAUAUUUUGAGAAUAAAUCUAAAACAGAGUCUCUAUUUUGAGAAUGAAUCUAUAACAGAGAGUCUCUUUUUUGCGAAUCUCUUUAACUCUACUAUUACGCUCUCAUUAAAAACUAAGCAUUUGAUUUUACAAUGUUAAACAAAAGUACGUAUAUUAUUCACAAGCUACAUGCUUAUAUAUUUCAAAUGUGACCCAUUAGUUCGUAUUAAAAACUUAGCAUUGUUGGUUUUACUGUUAUAUACAUGUAAACAAUUUGAAUAUAAAUAAGCUAUUCCUAUUUUUCAAAUCAGAUAUAUGAGGUCACACAUUAUCUAUUUUUAUUUUAUAUAUACAUAUAUUUAAAAUAAUAUGAUGAAGUGAUAAACAAUAAUUCAGUCAAGGCGAGUCAAGAGAGUUAUUACGAAGAAACCUCGCAGUUAAUAGAGAAUAAAAGUGCUCAAGUGCACUGACUCAACUAGCCUCAACAUAAUAAUACACA